AUGCCCGGCGUCGCCUCUGGUUCCGGCGAUACGCGCGGCGACUCAGGCUCCAACGACAGUUCUCUGGUCCCAUACUCGCCGGAGCUCCGGCAACCCGUCGUCUAUUCACUUCACCACGGCCUCAAGCCUCCGAUCGGUCGCCUUUCCAUCUCGUGGUCCCGGGGCAACAAUCUGCGCGUGUCGGUUCUCCGGCCACCGUCCGCAGAAGACUCUGACGACGUCGAAGUUGGCGGGAGAGUUGUGGAGGUGAGGCUCAGUAAUGGAGACGGUGAAACUGGUGAUGCGAAGUGGCGGAGGAUCGCGUACGGUUCCGUUCCACCAUUCGCGCUUCUCCAGAGCCGGAGGAGCUCUGUCGCGAGCUUAUCGAAGAUGUCAAUGAGUCCGUCGCCGUAUAACAUCGAUUGGUGGGAGUAUGUGAUGGAGUACAGCAAGGACAUAAAUUCACUUCUCGGUGACUCCAAGGCGCCUCCUAAUCCAGUGAUUGACGACCCGAAGACAGUUUUAAGGAACUUUAAGGAGCCUACCUCUUUAAAAGCUGCGUGGGAGCUAAUGGAGAUAUUUUAUGCUGACAAACAAUGCCAAUCAUGGCUACCAGAAAGGAUUGUUGAUUGGUUGGCCGAUUAUGAUAGUCUACUUUCGAGUACACAGCCAACUGUCCAUUCAAAGCUUGUGGAUUUUCAAAAUGAACUUGUUGGGUUACAGGUUAUUGAGGACAAUCCUAAAUAUUGGGAAGUGUUAUCAUCAGCACUGGCAGUUGGCUGGAUUGAGAUUGUGGUGAAAAUGUUGCGGUUACAUGGAUCUUAUCAAUUCCAUCAGCUUGGCAACCGUGAGAUAGAGAAUGGACUUGUAGAGACAGUUUCUUUUCUUAUUUCAAAGAUGCCACGCAUGCGUCCUGAAGUAGAAGAUGGAAGGUUAGGUGAAUGCUACAAAGCAAAGCCCGAUUUUAUCAAGGCAUGGGAGAAAUGGAGAGGGAAAAUUACUAAACUCGACUGCAGUGCAUUCUGGCUUCAAUGUGAUCACCGUCAAACCCGGGAGGGAUUGAAAAAUAUGAUACAAAUUAUGCUAGGAAACACUGACAAUAUCUGCAAUGUAACUUGCCAUUGGAUAGAGCUGUUUAUUUCUCACUUUCUCUAUGUCAGGCCAUUCACAGUGGGUCUUGAAAGCAUGUAUAGCCUAGCCCAGAAAUGCAUGCAGUUGAAACCAAUGUCUAGUGCCCAUGGGUUGAUAGCAAUUAUUCUUGGAAUCCUUGGGGAAAAUACAGAGGUUAUCUUAGCGGAAUGCUCAAGAGCAUUUGGGCCUUGGAUGGUUGCCCAUGCCAUUGAGUUGUUGACCACUGGGAGUGAUGAAGCAGAAUUUCUUCUACAGGAAGAACGCCAUAGCUUGGGGGGAAUUAGUAUAGCAGAGUUACAUCGACUUGUCUAUGCUCAAGUUCUAUCAUCACAUCCAUUGACUUGGCAAAUUGCUCCAAUUUAUUUGACAUCGUGCAUGAAACAAGGAAUGGGUUUGUUAGAGAUUCUAUUGUAUAAGCUGCCUAUUCAACAUAAUGAAACACUUCUUAAGAAUUUAGAGAUAUGCCGACUUUAUGAACUUGAUACCGUUAGUUCAAACAUUAUGAAGAUUGCUGGCAUGUACCAUUGGAAGCAUGGUAGGAAAGGUUCUGGAGUUUUUUGGCUACAGCAAGCCCGAGAUGAAAUUCGGCUUAGCAGGAUUGCUCAGCAUUUGUUUGAUUCAGUUGGAAAGUCAAUCUCUGAUGAAAGUUUUAAGCAAUGGGAAGGCUUGAUUGAAUUGUUGGGUUCAGAAUCCAAGACUACGGGGGGUCUUGAAUUUUUGCACAAGUAUCGGGACUUCAAAAAGUCCCUUAAGCAGGUUUAUGGUGGAAAAACUACUGACACUGCUCGGCAAGCUGUAGAAUCUUUGAUAUCGCUUAUGAAAAACCCAUCUACACCUCAGCGCUUUUGGCUGCCUCUUCUGCAUGACUCGUUAAAGCUGCUUAACUGGCAGGAGCGCCCUCUGCUAAAUGUCUCUCAGACAAGCCUCUUGUUGAAUAAACUGCAAGAGUUGUCCAUGGCUAAGCUCCGCCCUGACUUCAUCGAACCAGACUUGCCACCACAGGCCCUCAGUUCUGUAAGAUUAGCUCUUGCUACAAAUCUAGGACGUGCCAUCUUGGAGGAGUAA